AUGGGUCUCAUCGGUCUUGCUAUCAGCACCAUCUUCAACAGCCAAGACAAUAAUGGCGCUCGCUCUGGUGGCUGCUGCAGUCGUCGAAACCAAACUCAACAACAACUCUACACGGGCUCACCCAACCCCGAUUACAUGAAUUACACUGGUCGAUCCUCAUGCCACCAGCGCAAGAUGGAACGCCGUGUCCAAAGACAACUACAGAGAGCUGAGCGCACGCAACUUCGCGCAGAACAACGAUCAGACAGGAACUUUCAGAGGGCCGAGAGGCGCCAGGCGGGUGUCAUGCUGGUCAAGUCGGGAGCACAGAGAGUUGGUCUUGUUGGACAGCCUCAAGUUGAGAGUGUUUCUGAUACGAUGAGCUUUCGGGAUGAGCCUAAGGAGUAUUCUUAUGAGCUGGAUGCUAUCAACCAGCAGCACAUUGCGAAAGAUGCGCCGCCAUCAUAUGAUGAAGUUGUACGGAAGUAA